UUAUAGAAUCGAGGAAUAGACCUAGCCUAAUGCGUUGCCUUUUAUUGGGUACUAUUGAGUAUUUACGUUUAUACAUAGACAUGAUUGAACAAGAAACAGGAUUUGUGUUCAGUUAGAUUUUUCCUGGAACUAAUGGAAUUGUUCUGAGAAUUUGAAAAUGGAGUAUAGACACUCAAAUUGAGUACACUCCGCAAAGGGAAGUAGAAGAAGAAUUCUUUAGAUCAACCAUAACGACAUGGAAAACCAUGAGAACCGGAAAUAUAAAGUGAUAUUGACCAGACGAUUAGCCGAUCAACGUAAGGUGGAUGUUGAAGGAGUGUGCCUCAACCCGGACAGGAAUGGACAAGAUGUCGAAUCUACAAACCAGAGAAUCUACGACCGAGAAUCCAGGUGCUUCCUAUGUACGAGUUCUGCAGACAAAGUCGACCAUCUGGUCGGUCUGGAUCAUUUAGAGGCGGGCGGCUCUUCAGUCGGUGUCGGUGUUGACGAAUCAAAAAAGAAAAAUGGACAACAUGUCGAAUUACAAACCAGAGAUUCUACGACCGAGAAUCCAGGUGCUUCCGAAGGUACAAGUUCUGCAGACGAAGUCGACAAUCUGGUCGGCCAGCGCGUGGAUCAUACAGAGGCGGUCGAAUGUACGAGUUCUGCAGAUGAAGUCGACAAUCUGGAUCGUUUUGAGGCGGGCGACUCUUCAGUCGGUGUCGGUGUUGACGAAUCAAAAAAGAAAAAUGGACAACAUGUCGAAUUACAAACCAGAGAUUCUACGACCGAGAAUCCAGGUGCUUCCGAAGGUACAAGUUCUGCAGAUGAAGUCGACAAUCUGGUCGACCAGCGCGUGGAUCAUACAGAGGCGGUCGAUUCUUCAGUCGGUGACCUUGUUAAAGAAUCAAAGAAAACAAAUCAGUUUUAUCCAUUUUCUUGCAUCGAUUUUAUUGGCAUCAGUAUUUCUCUGAUAUUUUUUUGCAUUGAUGUUUUUACGGACAUUUUGUUGGCCAAAAGCUAUUACGACGAUGGAAUGAUGUUUGAGUGCGUUUUGACGUCAUCCCUGGUUGCUGCUGCAUUUUUAGUAACUGGAAUCUUAAGUUCGAUCUGGCAUACUCAGGAACCAUCCCGCCGAAAUAUCUGUUUAUUGAUUCUGAUGUUUCCAUUUGCUACUAUAGAGAGAAAUAUAACCUACGUAUUUCACGGCUACAAAAGCAAGCAGAAAGGCGUUGAUAAGUACUAUCAUUACAUAGAGAUGAUCUACUCUGAUAGAGAUGCCAGUCUACUUAGAAUGUUUGACGCCUUUAUUGAAUCCGCUCCCCAGCUGGUAAUACAGAUCUACUUCAUUCUGAAAGAACAGGAGAAUCUCAAAGAUUGUGAGGACAUAUCGAUUAACAGUCAUAUCCUUAGACUGUUAACAGUUCUCUCCUCUUGGGUAUCUGUCACGUGGUCUGUGACUGCUUACUAUCGAGCACUCCGUGUGAGCAACGCUAUGGACAAAACGAGACAAAAAACGAUCUUUGCUGCAACAGGAUACUUCCUCUGGAGAGCGUUUGAAAUAGGACCAAGAGUAUUGGCAUUAGUUAUGAUUAUUCUAAUGAAUAGCAUCAUUUUUGCAGUAACAGUAGUCUUUCAUUGGAUUGUUGUUAUCACGUGGUCAUUUACGACGAAAAUGAGGCCAUACAAGAAAACCCACGAAAAUAUUAUAUUUAUUUUUUUCGUUGGAUUUGUGCAGAUUUUUUCUUUUAUGAAUGUCAGACCCGGUAAAUCUCGAUACCAUGCCCUUUUAUACUAUUUGUUCUUUUACACUGAGAAUAUUAUUAUACUUAUUUUAUGGAUUUUGGCCAAAAAUAUUUCCUUUUGUCCUUGGAUUUAUUACGGGUCAAUUGGCAUUGUUUCUAGUGGCCUUAUGUUCAAUUUAGUUUUUAUUGUAUCGUUUUAUAAGCUGUGUCACCCCAAUACAGCCAUUUGUUAAAUAAAUCUUUUGUAGAAUUCACAA